AUUCGGGUGAUUUGAUCAGCGCCAUUAUCAUGUCGUUCUAUUCUUUAAGAACUUUAGAUGGAAAGGCGUCUCCAUUAGUUGGUGAAAUGGAGAGAAACGUCUUUAGAACCCCGCUCGUACAACGUUACCACUAUGCAGCCGAAUCUAUGGCUAAUAUAUUUAGUGAACAAUAUCGCUAUUCGACAUGGAGGAAAUUAUGGUGUUGGUUAGCUAAGGGUCAGCAGUCGUUAGGGUUAAAGAUAACUAAUGAGCAAAUCCGAGAAAUGGAAUCGAAUGUGCAAAAUAUUGAUUUUGAGAAAGCCGCAGCUGAAGAAAGGAAGUGUCGACAUGAUGUUUUAGCUCAUUUGAAUGCGUUUACCGCUGCUUGCCCGUCGGCUAAUGGUGUCAUCCAUUUGGGUGCGACGUCAGCUUUCGUGACGGACAAUACAGAUCUGAUAAUGAUAAGGGAUGCUUUUGAUAUUCUGCUACCUAAACUAGCUAGAUGUAUCGAUCGAUUGAGUAGUUUUGCUGAAAAAUGGAAAAGUCAAGCUACUUUGGGACUUACACAUAUGCAACCUGCUCAACUAACUACUGUUGGGAAAAGGGCUUGUAUGUGGAUUCAGGAUUUAUUAACUGAUCUAAUACAUAUUCGCCGUUUACGAGACGGAAUUAAAUUUCGAGGAAUUAAGGGCACAACUGGAACGCAAGCAAGCUUUUUAGAGCUCUUCGAUGGGAAUCACGAAAAAGUCAAUCGUUUAGAUAAAUUGGUUACGGAAAUGGCUGGAUUUCGCAGUGCUUACAUAAUUUGUGGUCAAACCUAUACGAGGAAAUUAGACGUCGAUUGUAUUUCUGCUCUUGCUGGAUUAGGAGCUACCGUUCACAAAAUGUGCACGGAUUUAAGACUACUAGCUCACAUGAAAGAGAUGGAAGAACCGUUUGAAAAAGAAUAUUCCAGUGAUUCACUGGUAUAUAAACGCAACCCGACGAGGUCGGAAAGAUGCUGCUCUUUUGCGCGCCAUCUGGUAUCCUUAGUACAAAACGCGUAUAACACUCAUUCUGUACAAUGGUUCGAGAGAACUAUGGACGAUAGCGCAAAUCGAAGAAUUUGUAUACCGGAAGCCUUCUUAGCAGCGGAUGUUUUGUUAAGCACAUUGUGUAGUUUGACAGAGGGUUUAGUUGUCUAUCCAAGAGUUAUUGAUCGCCAUAUUCGGCAAGAGUUACCUUUUAUGGCUCAAGAGAAUAUUGUAAUGGCUGCCGUAAGGCACGGGCAAGAUAGGAGAAGGUGUAACGAAGAGUUUAAGAGAUUAAAGAAUGAAGCCGCCGGCGUCGUUAAAGUAAUUCUGAAGUUAAUUAAAACAAGAGCGCAACAUAUAGAUCAAGAAACAUCUCAAAGCCUUUGUAAAAAGGUCUUUUAUCCCCCUAGUAUUCCUUUCAAAAGAAAACUACUUGCGUGCUAUUCACUCCCAAGUUUAACAACAAAAUUGCUAUAGCACCAUUAAUAUUUGGAAUAUAAAGGAAUUUUAUCUUCUCUUUUCCCUCCCCCCCAUUCCCUCAUUUUUUUGGUUAAAGUUCGAUUUAUCUGAUAUACUAGCCGACUCUUUUGAAAUUUUAAGUCUUUACCAUCUGUUCACGCUGACGCCCUUCUUUAAAGGCGUCUACAGCAACAUUUAAAAGAUAGGAGGGAGAGAAAAGAGAUAUAAUCAGGGACUUCUUACCCCUUUUCUUAACAGAUAGAGAUAAUUUGCUAUUACGCAAAAGCUAGGCCUAAGUUUAAUUGUGAGAAAACUUCAGAUUUACUUUAAUAAAAGGAACAAGGUAGCGAUAGCGAUUUACCUAGCCGUUUAAGGCACUCACAGAUCUUUUCUUCUCUCCGAGAUCAACUUGAUUCACUACUGGAUCCAUCAAAAUAUAUUGGUAGAGCUCCUCAACAAGUUACAACGUUCCUCCAUCAAGAGGUGAAGCCGGUUUUAAAAUCUUUCGAACACAAUUUACACACAUCAGUUGAUUGGCACAUAUAGAAAAUAAGGCGGGAAGGGCGGGAAUAUGAACCGGGAGAGGGAAACAAGAAAAUGGAUUUGCAUAACAGGGUGAAAAAGAGACAAAUGAUUUGGUUAUAUUGGAAACGUUAAUACCGCAACUUUCUCUUUUUUUAUCCCUUUAUCUGUCUUCUGUUUACACCUAUAGUAUAUAUUUCUUUUUCGGGCGGCUUGAGUGAGAGGUUGGAACGGCAAAAAUCAAGCAGCUUAUAUAUACAUUAUGACGUCAUUUUACGAGUGAUUUCCCCCGAGUGAUGGCGUCUUUUUACGUUAAAUACAUCCAAUAGAAAUCGACAUGUUCUCGAAACCGCUUUCGAGAGGAGCUGGCUGGUUUUUCCUCUUUAAAUCUACUCCUACAUUUUUCCCUUUCUUAUUUAAAAUAUAUUUCUCAUUUCUUUCUCCUGCUCUCCCUCCCCACGUAACAUUCUAAUUGUCUUCCCUUUCUUUCAACUAUAUCGGGGAAUGUCUCUUCUAAAUGAACGAGAAUUGUAUUUAUUUCUAUAUUUAUUUAUUUACGCAAUACAAUUCGAAUUAUAGAAAAUGA